AUGUCGGGAUGGCUCAGUUGGGUGAGUGGGAAGCGUGAGAACAAAACGGCUGCGCGUGACGCCAUCAUUGGUCUGCGCGAGCAGCUUCAUUUAAUCACCAAAAAAGAAGAGCAUCUUCAGGCGAAAAUUGACGAUGAGCUUCGUAAAGCCAAAGAGAAUGUCACGACCAACAAGCGAGCGGCUCAGGCAGCUUUGCGUCAGAAAAAGAUGUAUGAAACCGAACUCGAUCGUCUGGCCGGAAGCCGUAUGACUCUUGAAACACAAGUCAACGCGAUUGAAAACGCGAAUAUGAACCUGGAAACGAUGCGUGCUAUGCAGAGAGGAUCAGCGGCUUUGAAAAGCAUUCAUGCGAAUAUGGAUAUUGAUAAAGUGGAUAAUACCAUGGACUCGAUCCGUGAACAGAUGGCUCUUACGAACGAGAUAUCAGAAGCUAUAUCAAAUCCCCUGGGUAUGGGCAAUGAGCUCGAUGAAGACGAACUUCGUGAAGAGCUUCAAGAGCUCGAGCAGGACGAACUUCAUAACCGUCUCGUGGGCGCUGAAGCAGCCCCGGCCCAUCAUAUUUCGACACCGACAGCGGUCCCUACUACGACUGCCACAUCCCAAACCACAGCAGACGAUGAAGAUGCAGAAUUACGCGCCCUACAGGCAGAACUGGCCAUGUAG